UCUAGAGAAGAAAAAAAGCAUAUACUCAGCCCAAUCUUCAUCCCGCCUUAGACAGACCCUUGAUCUAUUCUAGUCCCGAUCUGAAGUGAAGCCGGCACCUGGUCAAUCGUUAAAGCACGAGGGGGGUCCGCAAAGCUGCAGCGCCCUGUCCCUCAGUACUGCACCCAAGUGUUGCAGUCCUCGCAUAUGGCCAAUUCUUGACCUCUCCGCUAGUCACGGCCAACUUCAUUCACCUUUGACAGACGAUCAUCUCGUUGCCGAAUUGUGUACCGCACAUGGUUGAUCAAUGCGUGCCAUGGCAGCACAGACAUAAAAUAGCCAUUGAAUGGAAGAACUACAAGCUAACAUAUGCGCCUCAACCCGACCAUAUGUCGGGCUUGUGUUGUUCCACGUUAUAAAAGUCACCACCUCUCAGUCCACGGUCUCCCGUCAACGCAAACAAGCCGCUACCCUCUCCCCCACCGGCGGAAAGUGAACAGCCGGUAAAGCCCAAGCCGGUACUGAAGCUCGCACGCAUCAUGUCCACACUUAGCGAUUCGGAGCUCGAGAAGCUCUUUUCCGGCGCCCCGCAGUUCUUUGCCCGCUCGGAGGGCGUAAACACUGGCGCCCCCAACCCGAGCGUCGCCUUUCCUUGGGAUGAGACACUCGAAAUCCGCGACCUGACAGAUCAUACCCAGAUCGAGGACGAGGCAUGGGGAUGCGUGACGGCCUUACCGCACCUCGUGCGGAGCCCUCGGCGGCGCAGCAGCGUUUCGAGCAUUGGCAAGAUAAAGCGAGCACAUUUCUAUCCAAAGUGCCGGGAACGGCCGAACAUGCUGAGCAUGCAAGGUCUCGAGAAGGGUACAGUAGGCUUUUCGGCGGCACUGGAACUGUCGGCUGCCGACGCUCUGCAGGAAGAGCAGUAUGGAUUCGAAAGCGCAGAAGGUCGCCGACCUGCUCCCGUCAUCGAGGCACGACAGAAGAUGCUGACUUCCAAGGAUGGAUUGCGAUAUCUCGAAGAACCAGCAAUAAUGGAGCAACUGAUCAAAAACGGGCGGCGAUAUGUCACUAAUGAUUUAAGAGACAACAUGCUCUCAACCGACUUGUAUAAUGAACUCUUCCUGCACAUCCUUCACCCGCCAACUCGAGUCCUCGAUCACCAAGACCCCUAUAGCCUCUCCGUCCAGAUUCAAGCCUUACUGAAGGUGCUCAACACGCCCAACGUAUGGGUUGACUUCUCUCAUGUCGAAUGGCGCAUCCGUCUGGGCCAGAUUCUCUGGGGUAUUCCCAGUAUGGCAGACGCCGAGGACGUCGUCGAUAGCGAAGAAUCUGAUGAGAACGAUAGCAUCGAGGCAAGAUCUGAGGAGCGCUACUGGCUAUUGUUGCAGAUUCUUCUGGCGUGUGAGCUUUGGAUCAGGUUAGACGCUAUAGUCGAAGCUGAUGAUGCUGGGACAGAACAUAUCAAGCCCCGUGAGAUCUAUCGGUUUCAACAAGAAGCCAAGACCGCAGUUAAAUGGUCAAUGCUUCUGGCAAAGUCAUGGCUUGAAAACAUAGAGAUAACGAAAGUCGAAGGUCUUAAACCGGAGGACGCAGCCACGCGGCAUUCUAGCGCGGGAUGGCUUGCAACUUUCACGAAGAGGCUGUCUCUAGCCAGUGAUCAUGGUGAUAAAAGUCUCGCAGCCCCCGCACCAGGGUCGCGACCAUCAAGCCGUGCAACGGCUGAUCAUCCGGCGUACGAUAUGAGAGGGAAACACGGCCAACGGCAGGUGGAUGGACUGACGCAUUUUGCACGCCGGCUUAAGUGGCCAGGAAUCGAUGCGUACGAAGCCCGGAUUUCUAACAACGUCCGAGCAGUUUCGGAGAAGACACCUCUGAACACCCCUCUUGCGAGCCCUGCAUCCGACAUGCCCUCAUACUUCGGAUCAGCCGCCGUUAUGGGAAACGGCCACGGUGCAAAGGCAUCAAUGCAUAUAGCUGACCAAGUUAAACGUCAGCCAUCUAAGCGCCGGAAAAUUGCUGCAGCACUACACCCCGCGGGUUGGCUUUCUAAGAGCUACGUCUCGGGACUUAUGCUGCCAGGGGAGGGUCUCAGCCACUUUUUAAUGUCGACGCUCUUGGAGAACGACACAGAGGCCAUGGCUAAACUGGGCCCAAUGGCAAACCUUUGUGGCGGAUUUGUGUACAGCGGAAAGAGUUUCUGGAGCACCUCAUGUAUUGUUGGCCGUGUUAUUGCCGCCGGGAAGGGCUCCGUCGAAUGUAUGGGAUGGAUCUCGAGCGAUGUCACUCCAGCUGGUCUUUCAGACGGAUGGGUGAACGUGGAGGUGGCUGAAAUCCCUGGGGAGUCAUCUCGCCUUGGAAGGCAGGCCAGAAUCUGGGGCAAGGCAGCCAUUGAACGACAAUCUUCCGUUCUAGGCGACGGUGAUCUGGGCUCAGUUCUUCCCGCCGACUUCAUCAUCCCGUUCGAGAAUCUUUAUAAGGGGGUGCCCCCACCAGCUCUGUGGAUUGAGCUUAAGGCUCUGAACCUGUUCGCCCGGCCUGAUUCUGAGUGCACCACUCCAGCAGUGGAGUUGGCCACACCCCUGACGCAGUUGACUGAGACCACGGCUAGCAGUAGCAGGACCUCGCCAGAGAUUCAAACGUACCCAGCAGCUGUCAAAUUCACAGUAGGGAGGAUCGACGACUACACCGACUACGGAGAUGGACUAGGAGACGAUGACGAUGAAAAAGAGUAUACAUUCAACCUCACUCAUGAUGUUUACUUCGCCACGGCCCAUCCAUGUGUCCCAUCUCAACACGUUAAGGUCCUGAAAUCCCCUUCGAGUCCCACGAUUCAGCAAAUCGAUUUAGAAUCCAGUUCCGACAGCAGCAACAACGAAAGCUUUUCCAAUAAGCGCUCUUGCCCAGUCAACAUUACCUGUCACCCUCUCCACAAAUACUAUACUUAUACCGCAAUUCACCUCUCUGAGCUUCUUGACCGCCGCGAUUCGACCCUAGAGGAGCUACUUAACAAUCCCGGCCCAAAUGAGGCAUAUCGUCGUCCGUCAAUAGCGCCUGGGCCGCAUGGGAAUAAGACCGCUCGGGUCCUGGUCGUAGACUGCAUCACAGGCUUCCAACCACUGCCUCAGGCACAUGAAAUCCCACUAUCCCCCGUCGUCAGCCGAUCAAGCUCGCUGAACACGGCAACUUGGGAAGCCUCACCGCCCAGUGCGCAAGUACCAGUCUUGCAAGAGCCGUCCCCACCGCCGCGUUCAGCAUUUGCGGCUCCAUUCGCUGCGGCUUCCUCUACUGGCAGUCGUGAAACUUUGAGUUUGAAAACAACACCCCCGAUCAACACUAAUAACACUGAUGCAGAUGUGAAGGGCAUAGCAGUUGGUGACGCUAUGCCCGAAUCACCAGGACACAAGAUGCACUCAGAGACGCGAAGGCGCCAGUUCGGCUCCGACAUGGAAAUACUUAUCCGAGCGCUCUGUGCUGAGAAGGGCUGGAAUGCUCUUGUCAGUCGCAGGCGCAGAGGAUGCCUGGCUUGCGCGAUCCGUGAGGCAGGGGCGCUUGGGUGGAAAGUCAUCAUCAGGGUCGAUUAGGAGUAAACCUUGGCGGGCUACAGUUGUUACAUCAUACAGGCUGACUUUUAUAUGUGGAGUCUUGUGCUUGUCUUUUUAUACAUCCCCUCUUUUUUUCAAGCAACAACGUUGGUAAUGAAUGAUGGAAGCGACUUACGAUGUUUUUUUAUUAGUAAAUAUGACAGGCAGAUGUGUUUCAGAAUGGGAUAUGCAUGGCACAUGUUUGUAAGAAAAAAAGGAAUCUUGGGAGCAGGCUGGGGCACUUUUUUGUCGUCCGAGAUACCCUCUUUCUAUUUAUCUCAACUCUUGAAUAAAGCGCUCUGGGCACAGGCAUCAGUAUACGUAUUCUGGAUUGAUGGUGACAGUAUGACAGUCAACUCAAGCCAGAGGAAUGGUUGAGCGAUGACGAUUAGCUCUUUCGGUCAGACCAUAGGUGGCAUAUUUCCUAGAAAACAAG